AUGCUGAUGCUGGGUCUCAUCUCUCUGCAUGCUCAACGCUAUCUCAAUGAGCGUCAUGUCAUUCUCAAGGGCAACAUUCUCUCGGUGCUGCUCGAGGACUGGAAAACCGGCUUCCCCGACUUCUUCCGAUCCUAUCUUCGUGUCACGCCGGCAACAUUCGAUGCCCUGCUGGAUGCGAUCCAAGAUGACCCCGUUUUCCACAACAACUCCGACACUGCCGAACAACUUGCGGCCGAUUCACAGCUCGCUGUUGCCCUCUACCGAUUUGGGCACUACGGAAAUGGUGUCAGCGUACGAAAAGUUGGCCUGCAGCUUGGGCUGGGAUUUGGGACCGUUGUGAAGUCCACUCGGCAGCCAACCGAGGAGGAAAAGGAGCAGGCAAAGGAAUGGGUCGAAGAGCAUUCGUGCCCUGCAUGGCGGGAUGGUUGGCUGAUGGUCGACGGCACUCUCGUUCCGCUAUAUGCUCGUCCGGCACAUUUCGGAAACAAUUGGUUCGACCGCAAGUCCAACUACUCCCUCAACGUGCAGCUGAUCACAACCCCAGACCUGCGGAUUAUCGACUACGGAAUCGGUCUUCCAGGGAGCCAACACAAUGCAACUGCGUGGAAGAAAACUCGAAUUCCAAGCGAGUUUGUAGUCUUGCUUCCCAACGGAGAAUGGAUCUGGGCCGACUCUGCCUAUCCACUGCAGCUCUGGCUUAUGGCUCCAUACAAAGCAUAA